AUGGCUAAUCAGAAUCAGAAUGGUAGCGAUCUGUGGGCUGAAGCACUGACAGAUCCCGGACUCGCCGCAAAAGACAAAGACUCAAUCAAGGGCAUCGCACCGAUCAAGCUGGACGAAUUGCUGCACAGCAUAGAGACUCAGCGCGAUACCUAUCGUAAUCAAAGAACUACCUUCAAAGGUCCUAAGGGCGAACGCGUCGUACUUAGUGAUAUCUUUGCAAAAGUCGCAAAGUGGAUUAAGAAGUUUGUUGAGGUUGGAGACACGGCUGUGCAAUUUGAUCCUGGUCAUGCUGCUCUUCCGUGGGCAGCUGUGCGCUUUAUCUUACAGACCUCGCUCAACCAUGCCGAGCAACACGCCGUCAUCUUGGAAGGUGUGGAAACGGUCGCUCGUGUUCUCGCGUGGAGCAAGAUUCAAGAAAGUCUUUACCUUGGGCAAAAAGCUGAGGCUGUGCAUCUUUUGAAAGCAGAUCUUGUGCGCCUAUAUGUUACGGUUCUUUCCUUUCUUGCAAAGGCAUACCGUUUCUACUGUAAGAGGAGCAGUGAGCGCGCAUUCGGCUCCGUCUUCAAGUCGAGUGACCACUACUCAAAGAAGGUCCACGAGAUAUCAAGUCAACAACAUGAAAUUGAGCGCUACGCCGUUCAAAUUCUAGCAGCAAUCCUGAUCGAUCAAGUACAAGCUUCAGAUACGAAUCAAAGCAGGUUGUUUCAUGCUUUUAAAGCCCUGAAAACCAGCCACUUAAAAGACUCAGAUGCGAAGCAAACCAAGCUACUGGAAUCUUUACAAGAAGUGAAGUUCAGCCUUGCAGAGGGCUUAGAUGCAAAGCAAAGCAAGCUACUCGAAGCCUUGGAAGACCAGAAAAUCACUCUUGCAGGAGACUGCAACGCAACCCAAGCGAUUCUACUUGAAACUUUACAAGACUUGAGACUCAAAGUUGCAGAUGACUCACACGCAAUCCAAAGCAAGCUGCUUGAAGCUUUACAAGACCUGAAACGGCCCUUCUCUCACGUUCAGACUGUGAGUACAACAAGCAACGGCAUCCUCAAAGACUUGCAACGUGAUAAGAUACUCGAUUGGGUUUCUAGUACACGCCACCAAAGCCAUCACUCACAGAUCUACAAGAAAGUAUUGAAAGGCACCGGUGAAUGGCUUCUACGCAGUCCGGAGCUUUAUGACUGGCUGGACUCCAGUUCAUCACAGAUGAUGUGGUUGCAUGGUAUACCAGGCUCGGGAAAAAGCCGGCUCGUAUCCAUUUUGGCCCACGACAUGAAGGAAAGCCAUGGACACCUCUCAGGAACUAUGCCAACAUACUCCUACUGUGGCAUGGUUGAACAAAGACCUUUGGAAUCGAAGCCUGAAACGAUAUUCCGUAGUCUAAUACGGCAACUCAUAGUCUCGGAGUCGGAACUACCAGAACCCAUUCUCCGUUGGUACGGAAAAAGGGAUGAACAAAGCGACAAUCCACUGGGAGAAGCGGUUCGAUUGAUAAAAGAGAUCGCCAGCGAGCGUUCGGUAACUUACAUCCUCCUCGAUGCUGUGGAUGAAUGCGACGGAGACGAGAGAGGAGAGAUCCUGAAAGGCCUUGAAGAGAUUCUCCAACAAUGCUCGACGCUAAUUAAGAUCUUCGUGUCGAGUCGGAAUGAUCAUGACUUCUCCAAUUUCUUCAGCGGAUAUCCCCAUGUGAGCAUCAAGGCUUCGAAAAAUCAAGGUGAUAUUGAGAUGUAUAUCAACAAGAUGGUACAUGAUGCGAUCGUUGAGAAGCCGAAGAAACUUUUGUCAACAGUAGAUGUCUCCGACUCUUUCAAGGACCAGAUCAAGCGGACGCUUCGCGAAGGGGCUCAAGGCAUGUUCCUAUGGGUAGAAUUGCAGCUGCAAUAUUUGUGUACCCUCAAAUCUAAAGACGAUGUGGAGGACCGCCUAGGGCAUCUGCCACCAACACUAAUCGGAGUCUAUGGAGAUAUCUACUCCAGAAAUAUCGAAACAUUGGCGGAAAAUUCCAAGAUCCUAGUUGAGAACAUUGUACAGUGGUUACUCUGCUGUCAGGAAUCUCUGGAAAUCGACGUCUUGAUGGCGGCAGUCACUGCAAGCUCGAGACGAAAAUGCUCGACAAAAGCACAGGUCCUGGAUCUGACCGCCAAUCUCGUCACUCACGACGAAGAACUCAAUGUCUUUAGGUUUGCCCAUCUCUCAGUCAAAGAGUAUCUCGAGGAAGUUCGUAUGGAUUUUGCAAGUCCAAGAAAUCACAAGACCGCGGCCAUUGGGUCUCUGAGACUUCUCACAGAUGACACGCAAAGCCUUGUUGAGGAAGUCCGUCACGAAGGGCGCGCUCAGAACCCACAGGCAUAUGCCUCGAAGUAUUGGAGUAGACAUCUAAUGCAGUGCGGGGAUCAGAAGCCAAUGGAGGAGCCAUACUCCCUUCUACAAGAAUUUGCGGCACAUCAGCCUCAUUGGUGUUGGCAAGAACCAAAUUUCGCGGAAUACCAAGACAAUAAUUUCAGUAAACUGUUAGUUGGGACUGGAGCCUGGCUCUUGAAGUCUUCAGAAAUGAAUACAUGGAAGAGUCGGACUGGUGACACACUAUUUCUAAGUGGUGGGCCAGGUUUCGGCAAGACUGUAUUGACAUCUAUCACAAUAGACCAUCUGCAAGAACAAUUUGCUGAUGAGGCUUUCGCUGUCGCCUAUGUUUACUGCAAUCUUAAUGAACAGUCUAGACAGUCAUCAGUAUAUCUGGUGUUCAGUCUACUAAGACAGCUUGUCCAACAGAAACCUUCUCUUGCUAAUCUCAGAGAGAUUUCUGAUGAUCGCCACGACCCCUCGACACGCACAGCCAUUGAGCAUGUGUUCGCAUUGCUACGACAUAGCGGAUCUUCAUUCGAAAGAAUAUUCAUAGUCGUGGACGGCCUUGAUGAAUUACUGCAUGAAGAUCUUCAAGAAUUUCUCGCAAAACUUCACGAGCUACAGAGCUGUCUCCCGGUCAACUUGAUGAUUGUCUCGCGGCCGCAUUCUUACAUAGAAGCAGAAUUGCGCACCGGUGGUAGAUUGUUGGAAUGCAUAGAUUUGAUGAAGAGGUAUACUAAGUUGGAAGAUGUUGAGAUUUGCUGCAGCACCUGUGUUGAAGCUACCUUAUAUGGUGGCAAAUAG